AUGUUUAAGCUCUUAAAAAAAAGGCUGGCCGGAGGACAAGAACAGGAUUCUAAAAAAUCGACUACGGCUCCCGAAUAUGACAAAAGGCACGGAACUUUGAAGUCCAAUCGGUCCAGUUUCCGUCGCAGAGCAGUUCCCUCGACUAAAGAUAUCGCCACUGGACUUCCACCUCUACCCAAACACGAAUAUACCAGUGGUAUUUCGAAAACUGAGAUUUCAAGAUCACAACAGAAGUCACAACACACGUUAUCAUCGGAACUAACCAAGAACUACUACAUUUACGAUUUGGCAUGCUACAAGGGCCCUGUUUCUGGUGCUUCUGUCGAGCGGGACACUGAAUUUGACAUUUUUCAGAAACCUAAUGGCAUUACACCCACCUCUGCUAACUAUGUGAUUCACAGCAUCGCAGAGUAUUUCAAAAAAGAAGUCAUCGGCGCAAGCGCAGGUGAACAGGAUAAUAGUAGAAGUCCGCAAUCGAACGGUAUGAAAGCGGCUACAGAAUUUUUCAAACCCAAUUUAUCGCACUAUUCGCGUCAAGAAAUUCAAGAGACUAAGGAAAUUUUGCGAAAUUUGUUCCUCCGCGACGGCUGCAGCCUGAAGGGCGAGCUACUGGAUAACGAAAUUAAGCGUCAGUUUGAAAAUUCCAAGACAAAGCCGAUUUUGGCGCUCAGACUUUUGUGGUCUCAUUUACCACAAGGAAUUAUACCCUGGGAAUCCUACCUCAAGUUCUGCCGCAUCGAAUCCAAGCACAAUUUCUCGAAAAUGUGUUUCCAAAACUUUCUUCCGCAAGUGUUGCCAAACGACGGCUACAAAAAGUGCGUCUUUGAUUUUAUGGGCAUCUUGAUGUCCAUCAUCGCCAAAGUCGAUCUGGUCGUCGACAAAAACGCUCAGAUGGAUCUCAUCUUUACUGCUGGCCAGGUUUGUUUCGUCAAGACACCCGAAUUGAUAGAUUUCGUCGACAAAAAAGCCGAAGUUGCUGCGGACUCGCUAAACCUUACCAAGCAAUACGUCGCACGCGGGGAGGCCCUCCAUCGUCUCUUUGUGUCGUAUCUCAGGUGCAUGGCUGAAGAAGGCGAGAUCAAAGAUUUUUAUUUGAUUGACACAUUCGAGCUUGAAACAUACCCCCCCACUACCUACAGGCCCAUGACUCAGAAGGCUCUCACUUUAACCAUACCGCAAAUGUGGGAUCCACAAGUUAACCGUUUCAAUGAGUUAUUGAAAUGUGCCGCAAAAGCAAGCAAGAGAAUUUAUUCAUCAAACCAUACUUUCUCGAAGCUUGAGAAUACGUUUCUGGACAGUUUCGACGAGGAACCAUACAGGGUCAUCAAUAAUCUGUUCUCUAGGUCGUCGAAACGGUACCUUUACAGAUUCGACAAGAGUUUCGACACCGACUAUUUCAAAAAACUCAGCAAGAGGCAGAUGUUCCCAGCUUUGCAGAGCACGGGCUCGAACGAUCACGAUGUUGCGACCUGGAUAAAUUCAUGCAAAGAACGCGGCUUCAACGACUUUCUCUCAGUCCUUGAUGACAACUGUUUUGGAGAAGGAACAUUGGCUUUGGGACUCACAAAUAAGAAAGCCCCAUCUGAACAGACAGAGACAUUUCCUGCUGUGCGUGUUUCAAAGAUGGAUGUUUCGGAAUGGUUUAUUUCAUCGUGGAAAUACGAAACAUUUUUAGAGAACGUCCACAACACAUUGGUCAUAAAGCUCACCAAAAAGAUCGGAGAUUGUGAGUGGCUGGUCGUUACCACGGAUGAACGUGUCGCCAAAUCAAAUCAGUCGAGCAAUAGUAAUAAGUCAAAGACGGAUGCGAAAACAUUCACCACUGACGAACCAUUACCGCCACUGGUACCUAGGAAAGAGGGCAAAAUGCAUACGGCGUCUUCAAGCAUCUCAUCGACAAAGUCUCGCCCACGGCCUCCCAAUCUACUCGGAGACGCGUCAUCCUCUCCUCUACUUGACGACAAUUCGUGGGCACGCUCCGACUGUUCUUCGAUCCGAGAGUGGGCCAGAGUUUCCUCUGGCUCUCCUUCGUUGACUGCUCCUGUGCGUGACAAAGAGCUCACCAAUUACGCGACAGGCUCGCCAUCUUCUCAGAGACCCCACUCUCAGGCCUCCUCCAGUAGGAGCUUACCACCUAUCAAAAAGCAAAACACUCCAAAACAUAGCGUGGAUUUGAGUUCAACGCCUGAGAACGAAACUCAGACCCCAGGGCAAACUGUGGAGGAUGCCGUAAAGGCUAACGAUAUCCAGAAGGGCUCGGAACUUCAUAAAAAUUUAACGGAAGGAACGUCUGAAGAAACCACACAAGCCAUUUCGGAGACAGAAGGCAGCUGCAAACCUGCCGAAAUUGCGAGCAGUCCUUUGAACUCGUCAGAAAUCUCAAAAGAUGUUAAGGAACUUGCGCAAGUUACAGAAAGUGCCAGCCCGAUCUCGCAAGACCGUACAUUGAGUGAGCGUCUUCGACAAUCGUCGUCGCCCAAAUGCUUAGCAGAAAAAGCGAAUCUGUCGCCAUUGGCAUGCUCCGGAGCUUUCCGAGCUGAAAAGGAGGCCGUUUGCACACCUGUCGAUAAAGUUCUACCCUCUAGUCCGCCACGAAUGCCUAUGAAGUUGCUGAACCCUUCCGAAAUGUCUCUGGAAGACACGACCGCAGUUGCUGACGACACUGCUGAAGAUAGCAUUGAAAUCUGUGAUGCCGAGGGGGACCAGCUUUCAGAAAGCAAGAGGAGUCAUCCAUUCUCUGCCAUGGUCCAGCGAAAUGAGUCGAAAGCAUCUCAAGAGAAGAAAGAGGUACGGGAGUCUGCGCAAUUUACCCUCGGUACCACUGCAGACUUGCUAUCCGACCUUUUGGACAAUUACGGGACCGCCACCGUAGAGCCCAGUGACCACGACUCUGGUCCUACCGUUUUCGAGCAAAUAAAAUUGAAAAUGGAGGCCAGCAACGCGCACGAAAGCCCUCUGUUGCGAACUUCUUCGAAAGACGCGGAAACGGUGUGCUCCAAGAAUGCCACGUGGUUCUCAUGCAACGUGACGCCUCCUACAGAGGUCCGGAAGCAGGAGGUUCGCUCUCUGAUACCCUCCAUUGCGAAAAUUUCACGCAAUAGCGACGAGCUUCACGCCAAGGACGACGACGAUGACCUGGACACCAGAGGCGUCUGGCUACAGGACGACUCCGAAAAAGACGUCAAGGAGCAGCAAUCUAUGCUCCACCACGUCGUACUCAAAACCAAACGCAGCCUCCGGAACCUGCGCGACAAGAAAACGCCGCCUGCCGCCGUAGCCGUAUAG